AAAAGCAGUGCGUCGUCGUCGUCGCAAUAGUUGUUAGCAUCUCCACUCAGUCGGUUCUACAAUAUACUCAGUCAGACACAAGUAAGAAAGUCCAACAAACCAACAACCAUACAACCAAGGAACCGUACAACCAUACAACCAUAGAACGUUGACCCGACAAAGUCAUAACUCUCAUAAAUAGAUAAAUAUUUUGACGAAAAUGGCACAUGUCAUAAUUUGUUGGGACAUAAAUUCAACAUCAAAAUGUCUCGAGUAUGAAAAUCAUAAAAGUGCAUAAGGAUUAUAAUCUGGAGUAAAAAAAAUAAAAAUGUAAUUUUGAUAUUUUAAUUUAGUGAUUGUGUUGAUAAUUGAUACAAAUGUCAUUUUAAACAAUAAUUAAAGAAUAUGGAUAAUUAAUUGAAUGUGUGUUGGACCACUGCCAAGUAUAAUUAUUCACCAACAAAAUAUAUAUAUUAUUAUUAUUAUUAUUAUUUUGGCAUCGCUGCAUAUGUUUUAAAACAUUUUUUUUUUAUUUCAAAAAGAAAUUCAAAGUGGUGACAGUGAUAUUUUUUUGUAUAAAAUUAAAUUAAAUAAAAUAAUAACAAUAAUAAUGGCGAGUCGAAUGAAAGCUCUAUACAGCCAGAUUGUAUUUGAAAGGCGGGUGUUGUUUGGCUGUACAAUAUUAAUUGGUUUAUCAGUAUUUGUCUGGGCAGUUGCAAUAUUUACUGAUCAUUGGUAUGUCGUGGAAGCACAAGACAAUCAAAGCCAAGGUUUGCCACUUGGUGAUGCUGGAAAAGCUGGAAGAAUGCUCAUUUACAGAAAUCAAGGUCUUUGGAAAUCUUGCACCAGUGGAUUAGUACCAAGUCAUGAAAAUUCAAAUCAACAAUUACUACCUUAUCAUGAAUGCAAAUAUCUGGAAAUGUUUCCAACAGAAAUAAAUAUCAUUUCAGAUCCAGGCUUUGAUGAAACUGUUUUAACCUAUGCUAGAACACAAGUGUCAUUUGCUAUUAUCAGCAUGAUUGUUAUGAUUCAAGGACUUUUUUUUUCAAUAUAUACAUUUAGAAAUCCACGUUAUAUGUUUAAACGUCUUGCUGGUGGUAUUCAUUUUAUAACUGCUGCUUGUGUGAUGGUUGUCAUUCAGGUAAUCAUAUCAUCAGUUGAAUACGAGAGUAAAAAUGUACAACAAACAUUUCCCAAAGGUGCAUCAAUGUAUUAUGACUAUUCAAUAGUAUUGGCAUGGUUUGUUUGUCUAUCAAAUGCAUUAGCUGGAUGUUCAUUUAUGUUAUUUUCAAAAAAACGUAAACGUGAUAAAGCACCAAAUGAAGAAAUUGCUAUGGCAGAUGAACCAACAAUAAUUGGUCGAUGAUUAAAUUUAUUUUAAAGCGAGUGUGUUGCCAAAUAAUUAUAAUAAUAUACUAUUUUAAUUCAAUUGUUUUUUUUUUUUCUAUUGAAAAUAAAAAAAAAAAAAAAAAGUACCUGUUGUACAAUAAAUUAUAUUGUAAAUAAUAAACAUUAUUAUUGUGGUUUUUUUAGUUUUAAUUUAAUUGAUUAUUGUAAAAUAUUAUAUUUAUUUUCAAAAUACUGGUAUAAUAAUAAUAAUUUAAGAAAAAA